AUGUUCCCCACCUACGCGAACUCUUCUGUGUACAGCGAGGGCGCCUUCUUCGUCUCGUCCGCGGAGAGCGUUCCUUUUAACUAUGACCGGGUUGACCUUACCGGCCUGAUUGGUCUCGGGCUUCAGAGCCUCGUAAAGGCUGGCAAGCGCAGGGUGCUCGGGUUUAUGCGUAAGGAUCUGGCCAAUCCCCAAGCAGAAUGCUCGCAGUCUUCCUCGUCGCCUGUCACAGCGGACAACAACGUCGACGACACGGCAGCUCUCACUCCUAGUGCGACUUUCGACCCCAGCCCGUUCGUCUUCGGCAUUGCUCCACCGGUCGUCGACAUCCAAUGUCACCGUCACGACCACCCUUAUUGCGCAUCCAUGUACGCCUCGCCGCGUACCUUCACGGCCCCACCGCUCUACUCCGAGGAAUCGAUCAGCGCUACAACUUACGAGGCGCCCCAAGGAGUCGGUCUGGGUCUGUUCGGCGUCAACGUCCCGUCGAGCAAUGGCAGUAUUGUGACUGAGGAGGAACUUCGUGUUGAGGAGAGGAAGAGGUUCGCGGGCGUGCCUGGCUGGUUCCGGCGCUCGUCUUUUGGUUUUAACGAUGUGAGUGGGGCUGAUAUGGGUAUGGGGGACGAUGAUUCGGCGGAGCUUGAGCGUGUUCGGCGAUGGUCUUCAGCGUGGGGUCUUGACCUUGAUGAUUAG